AUGGGUACUUCAGACCCAACCUACUCGGGGGAGCGACGACAUGGCCUCAGAGGGCUUCCCGACAAUACCCGCCACCUACUGAUCGCGUUUCUGGGCGAGCUAGUCGGCACAUUUCUCUUCCUGUUCUUCGCCUUUGCCGGUACUCAAGUUGUAAACAAUCUCCGAAAGACCAACGGCAGUCCAAACAUGGAUCUAGCAUCGUUGCUGUACAUCUCUCUGGCCUUUGGAUUCUCUCUAGCAGUCACUGUUUGGGUCUUCUUCCGCAUCAGUGGAGGCUUGUUCAAUCCUGCUGUGACAGUCGCCUUGACCAUUGUCGGAGUAAUUGGGUUCAUCAAGGCUUUGUGGCUUAUCGUUGCACAGUUCCUGGGUGCCAUUAUCGCUGCAGCUAUAGUCUCUGGGCUCUUCCCCGGACCUUUGGCUGUCAACACAACCCUUAGUCCCGAGACUUCGGUGACAAGAGGCUUAUUUAUCGAAAUGUUCCUUACUUUCAUGCUUCUUCUUACCAUCUUCAUGCUAGCGACAGAGAAGCACAGGGCGACCUUCCUCGCCCCGCUUGUCAUUGGGCUUGCGCUUUUCAUUGCUGAGCUUGCCGGCGUAUACUUCACUGGAGCCUCCUUGAAUCCCGCUCGUUCAUUCGGGCCUGCUGUUGUCACGGGUGUUUGGCCUGGCCAUCACUGGAUCUACUGGGUUGGGCCUUUGCUCGGUGCCUUGCUGACAGUAAGCUUCUACAAGUUGCUCAAGCUACUCAAUUACUCGACUGCAAAUCCAGGUGCAGACAGUGAUGGCCUUGAGAAGCAUUACAACCACAGGGUGGACAGCAAUGCAAACCGUUACGACACUACCCACAAUGCUCGAUAUGCCGCCACCGAUGGAACAGAAGAGCGAGAUAUUGCGAGCCAAGCACGGCUUGGCGGAAGUCAGCCAGUCAUAGCCUCAAGUCAGCAUAGGCCGUCUGUUACAUGGCCUCCAGUUCCGACUUUAGCCUACAUCCAGGCGCUGGAUGGCCAUCAUUCUGAGACGAUCGACCAUCCCAAUGACCGCCCGCAUGCGCAUUACACGCAUAGCUCUUCAGGUUACGAGAUAUCGUCGGAUUCAAGCUAUCGCAGCGGCCCAAGUGCAGAGUCUGGCAGCUUGGGAUCGUAG